GCAACAAGACGCUCUGAUGUGUAGUAUUAACUUCCUACCCGAGUGUUACAUUGAGAAGUAAAUCAGUUUAAAACUUCUCCGCUUUUCCAUACUUGGCGUGUGUUUUUAAUAGUAGCCGAUGCAAAUGGUACACUAAAGCUAAAGACUUUUAUCUUUUGAGGCUGAGUGUCAGAUAUGGCCGACGGCUGGUGCACUGACACCGGAGAAUCGGUUUACCGUUCCCGGGAUGCAGUUAAAAACUUACGAAUACGAGUGCGCAUACAGCGUGUGACCUCGACAGCUGCUCUGUCUCAACACCUCCAUCAGCAAAUGAUUUCUCAGCAGGAAAGAGGAGUUAUAGAGCUGGAAACCUUCAGCUCUCAGACACGAUCAGCCUCCACCACUGAUGAGGAGGAACUAGUGGUUGGCUGGCAAGAGAAGUUCUUCAGUCAGUAUGAAGUGGACCUUUACCAAACAGAGUCAAACUGUCAAACGCCACUGGAGCGUCAGUAUCACACAGAAAUCACGACAACUGAAAGAUCCAAAAGAAGGCAAAACCAGCGCAUUUUUACCUACACAGAUUUUGAUCGCUUUUCCAAAUGGGAAGAGCAAGCUCAAAGUCUGCUGACCCCAACUCAGUCAAAGCCAACCUUCUUAGCAGAACGCAUGGCCAAUGUUAGACACAGGAGACAAGAGAGACGUCCUGUAGAGUCUAAUGUUCCCAAGUCACGUUUAAUCACAUGGGAGCCUUCAGAGGAGUUCAUUAAGAACAGCCACAUCAUCAACACACCAGUGCAGACCAUGUACAUCAUGGGAGAUCUUGGGCCUUCAGGGAAGUUGGGCCUGAAAGAGAAUGAAUAUAUAUUAUGCACCAUAAAAGCAGACGGUAAUGGAGUAAUCACACUAAAACCAGACUUUAACAACAACAGAGGAGCCUACAGGCUGGAAACAGAGGGGGAGAAGAGAGAGGUGUGGAGGCUGUAUCUGGAGAAUGCCUCAUCAGACAUUCAUGCGGAGGAGAAAGAGAGAGAGCAGCGCAUGUACAGAGAUCUGUACACACGUCACAAAGAUUACCUCAACAGCCUGGUUGGCCAAGACUUUGAGAUGCCACCUCCAGGGAUACUUCGCCUGAUUGCAAAUGGAGAGAUUGUUUCUGCUCAGGGCUAUGAGUAUGACAAUCUUUAUGUCCACUUCUUCCUGGAUUUACCAAACAGUUGGUCCAGUGUUCCCUUUCAGUGUCUGUCUGGUGUGACUCAGACAUGUCGCACGCGCAGUGUGGGAAAGGAGGAUGUUGCAUUCUUCUCCUAUCCAUUCAGCUUUGAGACCUUCUUCCAUAAAGAAGAUGAGUCUGAUGGGUCAUUAUCCCAGUGGCCUGUGCUGUAUUUCAAAGUUCUCUCACUGGAUUUUUGGCAGCGCUACAGAACUGAGGGCUAUGGAUUCCUGGUCAUUCCCUCAACGCCAGGUUGUCACAAAAUGACUUGCCGCACAUGGAGACCCAUCCAGCUCGGCACGGUGGCUGAACUGAGACGCUUCUUCAUUGGCGGAGCGCCUGAACUUGAGGACAUCAGUUAUGUCAGAGUACCUGGCACUUUCAAGGGAGAGCGAAUGAGUCGCUUUGGCUUUCGCACUCAAACCACUGGAAGUGUGACCUUUACUCUUAAUUGUAUCCAGCAUGCCAGGGCUUUUAUUGAUGCCAGCACCCUGAAGAAAAGGAGACAGACUGUUCUGGAUCAGUUGGGAGGCCACAGUCAGCAGGGCUCUGUCUAUAAUGUUCUGGAAGCGUUUCAGAGGGCCCAUAAGCGCAUGCAGGAGGCAAGAGAGACUUUACCCAGAGAUCUCAUCACCACCUCUGCACAGUUAAACUCAGAGUCUUCUGCAUAGAAACAUUACACGUUGAAUGUAUAUAAUAAUGAUGUUCAUAGUAUUUGUGUUUUAUAUUUGAAUAGUACAUUUUUUUUUUUAUUGUUUGAAUUUUUCAGUUGUGUCUUAUGUAAUAAGAAUGUAUUAAGAAAGUAAAUCCUCACUAUUUUUGAGAAGAAUUUGUUUAAUAAAGACAUGGUUAUUGUACAUAUUAAAACAGAUUGCUUAGUUUACUUAUCAAGAAUGAGGAUAUUUCCAAGAAAUUCAUAUUAUGUAUUCAUAAUAUUUCACAAACUGAAUGGUGUGCUUGUGCUAUCAUUUCACACAAAGUUUUUUGUUUAAAUUAACAUUUAACAAUAGAUGUAGGGGAGAAAUGUAUUUGGACAUUUUCAGUUUUGUCAGACAUGAGUCAUGUUCAAAGUUAAUGUGAUAAACUUGAGGGGAAAUGACAUACAUCCACUUAUGGCUUUGAAAGAGUUGGUUUAGCUGCACAAAAGGCUCAGUUCUGAGAGAAGAUCAAGCAUAAUUUAUUUAAUUGCAGAUGUCACUUAGUUUAAUAUAUUAUCUAAGGCAGCCAGUGGGGCCACUGUACAUGCACAUGAGUGAACAGCAGAGGGCACCAUCUAAUCUAUAAACAUAAGCCACACAUCAUAAAACAUGGUAGGUAGGUCAUUGAUUCAUGGGAAUUAUGAUACAGUUACUUAGCUCUCUGCAGAUUUGUUCUGUACAAUUUGUGCUGCCAAAUUACAUGACAAAAUUAUUAACGUAAUCCAUUACAUUAUACAUUUAAGGUAAUAUAAUCUGAUACUUUUAGAUUACUUUUGACCAAACUCAUUUAUCACAUACAUUGAUUUGAAUAGGAUCUUGUACUAUAAUGAUAUAAAAAUACAAAGAGAAAGAAAAUAUAUGCCAUUCUUUGUUAUCAACAACAUGAAGUGCAUUAAAUAUUAUAUUAUGUGAGGGUUUCCCAGACGGGUUUGUGAUGGAACUGCAGGGCGUUCAUGAGUUUAAUGUAAAGCUAUUAAGUAAUUACAUUAUAAAAAUGAAAAAUUAAAAUAAAUUAUUUUAAACAAA